AUGGAAGAUUCUCUCGUCAACAGAACCUCAUGGAAAGAAAACCUCAGUCAGACCAACUUCAGCUUCACUGAUGCAUUUAACAGAACCAAUUACUCUUUUUAUGAAAAGUACAAAGUAUAUUUUCAAAUCUUGCACUGGGUAAAUUUUAUCACCAUUUGUGUCGGAUUUCCUUUGACUCUGGUUGCCAUGUUUGUUGUUUUAUCAAAGGUGAAAAAGGAUCAGGGUGCUCCAGUUUACAUCUUCAACCUCCUGAUUUCUGAUGUUAUCCAGUUCUGCAGCAGAAUUCCUAUAAUAGUACAUUAUGAACCCCCUGUUGUCUCUUUUUUUGUCCUUGAUUUUGGCAUCGAAGCCAGUAUUUUUUUCAUGAUGUGUAUCUCCGUGGAAAGGUAUCUGGUCAUUGCCAAGCCACUGUGGUACAAAUUGAGAAGAAACAUCAAGACAUCUGUGUUGGUCUGUGUCGCAGUCUGGAUAUUUUCUUUUCUUGAUAAUCUUAGCAAGUAUCUCUUUUUGGAAAUAGAGUGUACAGAAAAAAUCCAGGCUACUAGUCUCCUCCUCCCUCUUCUCUUGUUCAUCUUCUGCCUGGUUGGGACCAUUAAAGCUCUGACUAAAGUUCGCAGUGUCUCUGCUGAUGAAAAACGUCGAAUUGUUUCUAUUCUGGUUGUGGUUUUGCUAACAUUUAUUCUGAUUUUCAUCCCUCAAAUGAUUUAUUCACUGUUGGAAAAACCCCUUAAAAAUUUUGCCAACUUUACCUGGGCUAAAAUUGGUAUUCUUCUUAGUCCUCUUGCAGACUCAGCUAUGUGUGUUUUUCUGAGGAAAAGUGCAGUUGACAGACUUUUGACCUCAUUGUGUUGCUGUGUAACGUCUAACAAUCAGGAGAUCAGCAGCACUGAUAAUGACAACGUGUCACCUCAAACUACUACAUCAGUUUAGGUGCAACUGAUGCACAAAUAUUUUCACAUCUUACUUUCUGAAGGAAUUCUGAUGGAUUAUUUGCAAGACAGAAAACUUUCAGAUGAUACAUUUAGAAUUUUUCAUGAUCAUUUGAAAACCAAAACCCAACGACAGGAG